UUCUCCGAGUGGUAACUACAAUUUCUUUAGUUGUCAAUUAAGAGAUUUAUAUAGACGACGACAAACGAUUAUCUCAGUUGGCCUGCAAGAAAAAUAUACAUCGAACAACGGCAAAUUCAUUCAUGACACGAGGUGGGAACUACGAUUUUUAUAUUCAAUAAAUACAUUUGAACAUUUUCCAUUAUAUCUACAUAUUUUAAUUUUGUGGCAAUCAUCGUGCAAUGGCCACUGAUAGUGAAACUUCACUACGCGCCUCGCGAGGCUAUGUUAAAGGGGCGAUUACUCGUCUUCACAGUUUUGUUAGCAACGAGUCUGAAUUAGAAGAAAGUACCUUACAGGCCCUUACAACGCGUAAAGAAAGACUGCUCACAGCCUUCCGUGAAUAUGAAGGAUUUAAUAUGCGGAUUCUUUCAAUGCGACCAGAUGAUGACGAGGACGUAGCAGCUGUUGAAGAUAAAUAUCUAUAUACUCUUACCGUUCUUAAUGAAGUGAUUAGCCGUAAGACUUAUAGUGUAGAGGACUCUAAAGGUCAUGUUAGUACUAUUGCACGGUCAAAAACUAAGUUGCCCGCGAUUCAAAUGUCCAUAUUUUCUGGUAAUUAUGUUGAAUAUGUAGCGUUUCAAUCAUUGUUUACUUCAUUAAUUCAUAGUGACUUAACAUUAGAUAAUGUUCAGAAGUUGUAUUAUCUUAGGUCUUAUUUAAAAAACGAACCGUAUGAUCUUAUUAAGAACUUACCAUUAACAGCCAGUAGCUAUGAUCAAGCUAGACAAUUAUUGGAGGAGAGGUAUAACAAUAGGUAUCGUAUUGUAAAUGAACAUAUUGGUCAAUUACUAGACUUACCUGCGCUUGUCAAAUCAACCCCUGAAAACAUUCGGUAUUUUGUAGCGAGUCUUAAGCAGACUUUGGCUGCUCUGCAAAACUUAGAUAUGAAGGUUGAAACUUGGGAUCCAAUAAUUGUUUGUAUUCUUAAUCGUAAGUUAGAUACAUACACGGCUCGGUCGUAUCAAAUGGAGAAAGAUACUGCCGAGGAACACAGCGUCAAGCACUUCAUCGAGUAUCUUGAGAAGAGGGCACUUGCAUUGGAGAACGCUGCGCCGUCAACUGCGAUGCCAUCUAACAAGGCCAAGGGUUUAUCAGUCAACGUAGCGGCUGCUGGUGAGAAAGUGGUGACGUGUCAUACAUAUACAUUCAAAUUAAUAACUUCUGUGGAACGCUAUAAAUUCUGUAAAGACAAUAAGUUAUGUCUGAUUUGUUUAAAUAGGCACAAUGGAAAAUGCAAAUUUCAUUUCAAAUGCGAUCUGUGCAAAAAGGCACACAAUUCACUAGUUCAUCAUGACGAAUGUGACGAAGUUCCUGUUUCCUUAUUAUCCAAGGGCCACGAUUCUAAUGUUUUGCUUCCCACAGUAAAAGUGAAAUUAUUCACAAAGGAUAAAAAGACGAUAAUAGUGAAGGCGAUUUUAGAUACAGGUUCACAAGCCUCCCUCGCUACGAGCAAGUUAAUCCAGCAAUUAGGUUUAACUCCAAUACCCAACAAUACAAAUAUAAUAGGUGUAGGCAAUGCUCAGAAUAAUACAAGAUAUUGUAUUCCAUUAAACAUACACUCUGUUAAUUCUUCUUUUAAUAUGACUGCCAAUUUUUAUGUAGUCGAAAAAAUUACCUGCAAGCAUCCACAAACAAAACUUGAUAUUCGGCAAUUGAAAUUACCUCCCAAUAUAGUGUUGGCAGAUGAUCAAUUUGAUGUUCCAUCUGAAAUAAAUCUCUUAAUGGGUGCUGACAUAUUUUUCCAUGCGAUAAUGCCCAAUGUGCCUGAGCAACCGCGGUCUCGAAAUCUGCACCGGCCACUACCUAGUCAAGGUGACAUUACGCCCUGCAUAAUAAACACACGCUUUGGACAUAUUAUUGGUGGUUCAAUGCUUGAAUAUCAGCAAGCUUCAAAACAGGUAACAUCACUAUUAUGUAUCAAAUGCGAUCCUGAAAUCAAUGAUAAUAUCAAAUUAUUUUGGGAAGCUGAGAGUAUACCACAAACCUUUUCUGAGAAUCAAAGUGAACAAGAGUUAGCUGAAACUAUCUUUCAGAAUUCUGUAGAAUUGAUUGAUAAUAGAUUCCAGGUGAAUUUACCUCUUAAAGUCGAGGAUAAUGAAAUUCAUAAUUACUUGGAUCUUAGUGAAAUAAAAGAAGCUAAGCAACAAUUACAGUCUUUGCUACAAAAAGGAAGUUUUGAAACACAUAAAUGGUCAGCUAAUGAUCCAGAAAUUUUGUCUGAUAUUCCAAUUAGUAAACAACAUUUUGACGAGCUAGAGUUGCAAAAGGAUAAUUAUAGCAUAAAAGUAUUAGGUUUAAAUCUAGAUGUAAAGAAUGAUUGGUUUAAUAUCACAUGCCCAGAAACUAUUGAUAUAAAAUCGGUAACAAAAAAGUCAAUUUUAAGCUGUAUUGCUAAGUCUUAUGAUCCACUUGGCUUUGUGUGUCCAAUUAUAGUAAAGGCUAAGAUUAUUAUGCAGAAACUGUGGGCUGAAGGUAUUAGUUGGGAUGCUUCUCCCUCCGAUCAUGUUAAAGAAGAAUGGUUGUUUUUUAUUGACGGUCUCAAGGCAAUGGAACCUAUUCAUAUUAAUAGAAAUAUACCAAUUCCAUUAGGUUCUAAGGCUGUGCAAUUGAUCGGCUUUGCUGAUGCCUCAAGUAAAAUAGGCUACGGAUGCUGUGUAUAUCUUAGAACGGUAGACUCUGAUUGUAAUGUGCGCAUGUUUAUUUUAUGUGCGAAGUCCAGAAUUAAUUCGUUUUCGAAACCAAUAACGAUACCACGGUUAGAGUUGAAUGCGGCCUUAUUGCUAUCAAGUCUAGUACGGAGGACAUAUGAAACGUUACAGCUCAAACUUUCAAUUGAUAAUGUUUAUCUCUUUACCGAUUCUAAGAUUGUUUUAAGUUGGUUGAAUACUGAUAUUUUUAAUUUACAAGCAUAUGUGGCUAACCGAGUAAAAGUGAUUACAGAAAAGACUGUACAAUUUCAAUGGAAUUAUGUUAACACAAAAGAAAAUCCAGCCGAUUUAAUAAGUAGAGGUAUAGAUCCAAAAGAAUUACCAUCUUGCUCUCUAUGGUGGGACGGACCAGACUUUCUAAAAGACAAUAGGUACAAUUUUACAAACAAGGCUUCCUUACCUAUCGACUUACCUGAAUUGAAGAAUUCUGGUGCGGCUAUAAAUUCCUCUAAGAUUAAAUGUAAUUAUUUAACUACAAAGGAAUUGCAACAGUCAUUGCAAAACAUUAUUAAACAAGAACAAAGUAUCCAUUUUAGCAAGGAAAUAAAAUCGUUGACUGAAAGCAAAGAUGUAGAGGGUAUUUUAAAACCUCUUCAUAUUUUCUUGGAUAAGCACGGUCUAAUAAGGUUUAGAUCCAAAUGGCAAAAGAGUUAUCCUAAUGUAACAGUAGGAAUGUUGGUGAUACUCAAGGACCCAAACAAUCCUCCUUUGCACUGGCCUAUGGCUAGAAUAAGUAAGGUUUUUCCAGGUAGAGAUGGGAAGGUUAGAGCUUUCGAAGUUGUAACACCUAAUGGUAAAACUUAUAAACGUUCCUUAUCUGGUAUAUGUAUUCUUCCUAUAAAUGAUGCCUAG